GGGAAUUGACCUAAUAUCUUUGCUUCCCCCGGGUUCUUCAUUUUUCACUCUGUUGACUUACUUACCUGCUUGUUUAUAUAACUGGGUUGGUAUUCCUUCUUUGCAUUUCGAUAUCACUACCUACUAUCCUUGUUGUUUGAGUUGGAAUUCUACACUCGAUACCUGGCCUUACUAUAUUGAUCGGAUCGGAUUGAUACCCACCUACUACCCCAUUUAAUCCCCUUGCUGUCCCAGUCAUCGCAUGGUUCCUCGGUGGAUCUCCCGCGCGCAUCGUCAUCAUCAUCAUCAUCAUCAUCAACACCAUCAACCAACACCAUAACUGCAACUACAACUACAACUACAACCAACAAUGUCAGCAGCCGUACCAUACCUGCAAAAGCUGCGCAAGCCGCAGCUCGCUGAACUAGCUGAGAUUACUGAUCUCCGCAACCACGAAGACUACAACAAACCGGAACUCGUCCUCGCCCUCGACCAACAUCUCCAGGCUAAUCACUCCAUCUUCGCUACAGAUAAGCGCCUCGCGAACUACUAUAGCCGUCUGGCGACGCGCUCGCGCGGCGUGUCUUCGCCUGCGAAGAGGGAUCUUAAGCAUGAGGUUACGCCCCCGACGGAUGGCGUCGCGCGUCGUCGGACGACGCGUUUGAAGGAGGAGCCGGUUCCGACCGACGACUCCGACUCCCCAUCCCUAUCGCGCACGCCAGCCCGCGACCUCGUCACCGUGCAGCCCCCCCUCCCCCCCUCCCCCGCAAUCGUCACAGACGCCAUCGACCGCCAAACGGCCGAAAUCCGCCGCUCCAUCAGCGAAGCCUGGACCGGCUCCGGCGUCGAAGAGCGCUCCAGCGCCCUCCGCGCAACCCUCAGCAGCGCCAAAGCCAUCCAAGUCAUCGCGCUCCUCCUCGAAGCAGCCAGCCUCGUCCACGAGCUGCUCCCGCUGCGGUAUCUAACCACCAUCCCCGCCGUGCAGGCUCUCCACACCCCCGCCUACCCCAUCAAGGUCCCCGACCUGUUCGUCCUCGUCGACGGCGUCUUCUGGGCGCCCAUCUCGCUGUGGUUGCUUACCUCGCUGGUGUUGCCGCUGCUCGCGUCUUACUUUUUUAACUUCCGCUUGAAUAGCGCCUCCCGUGGGAAAGGAGGGGGGGCGAGCAGCUUUGAUCCGUUGAGUUUUAAUCUGGUUAAGGCUCUCGUGUCUUAUUUUGUGUAUGGGCGCGAUUUUGACUUCUUUGGGGCUUAUGUCUUUUCGACGGUGCAUAAGGUUGAUAUGGCUGUUCCGGGCCAGUGGCGUGGGACGGUGGCUGGUGCUGUGAUUGGGAUCGUGGGGACGCUUUAUGAGGAGAUUUUGAGGCGUUGAUGGUGUAUUGCUUAUAUAUCAUUGAUAUGAUGUGAUUGGGGUAUUCCCCAGGUGUGGAUCUGAAUGAUGGAUGGAUUGUGGAUGGUAGGUACGGAUGGAUGGUAUAGUAUAUGGGAAAUGGGCUUGUUUGGUUUGGUUUGAUUUGAUUGAUUCAAUUGUUGGAGUCUGUCUAUUCGAUUCGAUUCAUGCUGUCGGAAGGUCACGGUGUUGGCGAUGAGACGGUACAGUCAACGUGAUAUCCUUGUUUUUUGUUCUUGAUUUUACCUUGGUUGAUGGCGUGUUGGUUGAUGUUAUUCUUAGUUAGGUAGCUGGAUGAUGAGUAUGAGUAUUAGUAUACUAUAACUUGGAUUGA